AUGUUUAGACUGCCAUUGGGAUUAGUCAUCAGAGGAAAAACGGUUGCGAACAUCCAGACAUUCAAUAGCACAAGACUUUUUAAUCCAUGUUUGUUUAGACAAUUAAGUGUAUCUUCUAAACCGUUACCGUUGUUACGUGUACCUUCUAGUGGCACGUGUUCUAGAAUGGAGAGCCACAAGUCUUAUAAGCUGUCUUCGCUCUCUCAUAAUUCUGGUUUGUACCUUCGCCGUCCUGUAUCCAGUCCGGUAAACUCGGUUUUCAAGUUGACGGAUAAAAGAGCUUUCCAUUCGUCACCACAUGCACGAAUCAAAUUUAUGUUUUCUUCAAGAUCGCCAAAGAAUGGUGGCAAACCGUUUGUGAAAGUAUACAAAGUGUCACCACUUCUCAUCGUAUUCGCAGCAGUGAGUCUUUUCACUUUUAUCCUAACUUCGACAUUGAUUGUUAUUCCCUUCAUCUUCCAUUUUUUCUUGCCUUUUCUUAUUAUGUUCAUCUUCUUUAAACAGUUCAAAAGGUGGCAGAAAAAUGUUUUUUACAAGGACAUCUUAAAUUCUUUACCAAAAACCGAAUUGAAAAUAACAGUACCUACCAUGAGGUCAUUACAGAUGCAACCAAUGAUUCAAAGCUGGAAGGAUAUUUCAUCGAGAAUGGGCAUUCCUAAUGAAUUUGCCAAAGGUCUAAAUGUGGAUUUAGUGAAGCAAGAUGAAACCAGGAAGCAGUUUUUGAGUUUUUUGGAAAAAAGAGUAUUAGAGUCCUUUACUAAGAAUGAAAUGGGAAUAAGGUCAUACUUUUUGGGCGAUAACGUUGAGAAGUGGAUCAAAGAAUCAUAUGACCUGGAACUGGAUAUCGAGAACUGUCGUAGCGAAUUAAGGAAAUUUCAAGAUUCCAUAUUCGCCAGUGUCCAGUACAAAUUGUAUCUAGAUUCAAUGAAAAAUUUACCAUUGAACCCAUCGAAAAAACUUGAGGGUAAGAAACACCUUGCGAAUGUGUAUGUUCUCAUUUUAGAUAAGUCUUUCCCCGAAGUAAUGUUUAAUGGCGGAGGUUAUUCAAAGGCCGAUUUUUUCAAGAUAUUGCAGGAAAGUGAAACUGCCAAUAGCAAGAGAAUGCACAAUAUGAUUAUCGCAGUUAAGAGCGUCAAUACACUACUAUCUCGUCACUUUGUUAUCACAGCCAAGGGUGAUUCGGGCGAUUUCUUUUCAAGAUAUCAUGUUUCAAAAGUAGAUGGCAACCACACCGAAUAUACUUUGAGAGAAUAG